ACCUGGGGCUUCGUGGCGACGCGGGCCGCCCGAGGACAGAUCCAAGGUAUGCCCUAUGGGAACUGUUUACUUCUCAGUGAUGGUCCCGUCAAUAACAGCACUGGAAUCCCUUUCUUUUACGUGACACCAAAGGAUAGCACUGUGACAGAUCUUCUGAAGAAUCCCAUGGCUUCUCUGACCCUCCCAGAGACAGAUGGAAAUUUCUGCAGAAAAAACGUGAUUGAUCCAGAGGAUCCAAGGUGCGCCAGGCUGACUCUCAUGGGACAGAUGGUCACGGUACCUCCAGAGGAAGUAGAAUUUGCCAAGCAAGCAAUGUUUUCCAGGCACCCAGUGGUAAGAAAGUGGCCUCGUAGCUAUGAGUGGUUCUUCAUGAAAAUGAACAUUGAACACAUCUGGCUUCAAAGCUGGUAUGGAGAAGUUUCUCCCAUUGCAGUAGAAGAGUAUUUAAAAGCAGUUCCAAGUAAAGGAUGAUCGAAUGGGAUUUGAGAUAGAAAUCUCCCGAGUUUCCUUUCCAAACACUUUUAAAAUUUCAUGGUAGAUGGUUUAUUUACAGUGAUAUUUUUCCUCUUCUCCCAAAAGGCUUCAAAAUAGCCCUGUCUCACAUGGAGCGGAGUGAAAAUAAAUCAACACAGACUUUCAAAUUAUAAAGGAGAGGUGGAUAUUAGCCCUACCCUGCAAUGUACAGACUUGUCAUUUCAAGCAGGCAGUGCGUCAUCUGAAAUGCUGUUUUUAAAAUGCUUUGUAUCUGUUUGUUUUGACUUCUAUUGCUGUGCACCCACAGGGAAACUACACUAUGUGCUAAAUAUAAUGUUCUGAUUUGCAGAAAAUGCAAAUUGCCUACUCAGAACCCUCUAUGCAUUGUGGAGGUAUUACUGCUGCUGGGUCUCCCUUGAUUUGUAAGUAUUUUAAGAGAAAGUUAAUAGCUGAAAAUUUAGGUAUUUAAGUUUAAAAACAAUUUAUUUGCUAAAGCUGUUCUCAUUUGCUAGUUUCUCUUUUCUAUGUGUGCUUUUCCCUAAUUAGAUAGUUUGAUAUUUCACUUGGAAAUUGAGUAAAACUUCUCUCUUUAGCAGAAAAAAUGCAAUCAGUUCAAACAACACAGCUCCACUAUAACUUGCCUCUGACACAAAGCUGGUUAAACACAUUAAAGGCCAAAAUCAAAUCAGCCCCACAAGGAUUAUCUCAAUACAAGUAAAAACAUUCUUAUAAGAAGAAUUUAAGUAAAUGUUCUCAGCUAGCCUGUUCCUGUUGAGACAGGAAAAGUAUUUUUAAUAGCCUGUAGACCCAAUUUUUUUUGCCUCCAUGCUCCAACCGCUGCUUUAUUUUUAACUGGCUUGUGCAACUGAUUUUUUAUAAGCCGUCACUAACUCACUAAGGGGUGGAGCCUGUCCCUUAACUCUGUUUCCUCGCCAAGAUUUAAAGGGCUUGUUCAUGCAUUUAUUUUCUAAAGAAGCCUAAAGAUGGUAGGUAUUUCAGGUCAUGAAUAACUGCUUUUCCCAGUGUGGAAAGUACAAACUUUGUUGCAAGCACAUUAUGUAUAGGCUUUUCACGUGGUAAUACCAAAAGAGUUCAAAGGUAUUUUAAUCAUUGUCAGUUCUUUCUCUAGAUGUCCUCCUGGUAAACUUAUUCUGCAGUUCUUAGGGUAUCACAGAAAGAAAAUUCCCAUGGCUAAUCAAGUCACCACACAGUUUGAAAAUUAUAUGGCUGCUCUCCCUGUUACAUGAAGGAGACACAUUGAGAUGGAGUUUAUGUGCCUGUGAGGAAGGUCUUCCAGCAUCACUGGGAGUGCACUUGAGCUCUGGACAUCAGCCUGCACCAUGUCUGGGCUGGAGAGGAGCCUGGGUGAGUGCCCUGAGCUUAUACAGGUUAAUCCCUGGGCAGAGCUCAGAGGCAGCUGCAUGAUCUAUGAUCAGCUGGAAGCCAAUUAAGUGUAGCUGAGCUUAUUUUGGCUCAGGCAUGGAAAGAGGGAGUCAUUCCCAGAACAGCUGGGCACCAUGCUGGUUGAACUACAAGGGGCCCCAGGACACCCAACUUAGCCCUAGGGUGAGUCCUGGGCCCCAGGCAUCACUACUAUUCCUGAUAUUCUGUAAGAAAACAAGGCAAAUGAGGUGGGGGGGGGAAACUUUGUUUAGACAUUCACUUAGCUUUUUUAUUCUUGUCUCACUGCCAGAGACUUUGUUAGCUCUGCAGAUCUUUUGUAGAGGUAAUUACACAAAAGGAGGAAGUGUCCUGCCCGAAUCUAUUUCCUUCAGGUUUUUUCCUUGGCAGAUGAGCUGCAUUUUCACAUUUGAGUUUGCCCCUGAAUCUUGCAUUGUGUAAUACUGAAGCAAGAUGGCCCGUCCUAUACAGAUUUACAGAAUCUCAUCAAGUGAAUCCUCCUUGAUUCCUAUAAUUUUGCCAUGGGGGUCUUUAUCCACUAAGGAUUUGAUUAAUGGGACUUUCAAAUCUGAGUUCAACAGGAAGAAUGCUAGUCCUUGUAAGAGAAUUUCACAGAAAUUCCUGUGAAAGUAUAAUUUUGUAUUUCCUUAUACCUGUUUACUACUAUUCCCAGAGAAACCUGAAACCCCCAUUCCAACCCCCACUCCUAAAUACACACAGAUUAAGCAAAUCCAGAGUACAGUCUUAAUGUUUAAACAAGCUGAAAAAGGAAGGAAAAAUUUUAGAAGUGCUACUGUUACUAUACUCUCAAUUUCAUUCAUUUCAUUCACUGGCAACAGUGACAUGGUCCUAUGUCCUAUCCAUUACUUUAUCAACAAGCCUUGAAGCAGUAAGGGAUUGUGUCAAGAAGAUUCAGAAGAGCUUUAAUGGUUUAAGAAGUUUUGAAUUUACAACACCCUGCUUGUUAUAGACUGUCUCCUCGCACACACAGAUUAAUUGGAGUAGCUUCUGUAUUGUAAAA